UCGGCCCCGCCCCCUCCCCCUGCGCGAGUGGUUAAAUCCCCCCCACCCAGGCUGCAGCUCACACCUGCACCAUGCCUGCUAGUCGCCUCGGCAAGUGGGCCGCAGGCCUACUGGGGCUGCAGCUGUUUAUCCUCCUCUCAGCCACAGGCACCGGAGCAGAGAAACCCGGCGUGUGUCCGCAGCUCCCAGAGACUGCGGACUGUGUGAAAGAGUGUGCCUCGGACGACCAGUGCAAGGACAACCACAAGUGCUGCCAAGCCGGCUGCAGCUUUGUCUGCUCCACGCCUAAUGAGAAGGAGGGCACCUGCCCCAGUGUGGACUUGCCCAAGCUCGGCCUCUGCGAGGACCAGUGCAAAGUGGACAGCCAGUGUCCUGACAACAAGAAAUGCUGUCGAAACGGUUGCGGGAAGAUGACCUGUACCACACCCAAAUUCUGAGCUUCAGCCAGA